AUGACGGCGUCAAUAGAGCGAACCACGUCAGGUGCACGGCGUCAGGGCACAAUGAUGAAUUUUACGGAGGAUGCUCCUGUAAAGAAAUGCUCUGUUCUCUUAACAAGGAUGGAAAGUAUAACGGCAUACAAAAACCAACGUGGACAACCCAAAUCUGCAACUCCAGAACAAUCUGACAUUCCAGUGUCUGCUAAUGACAUGUGUUCCCUUGCUGAAUGGCCAUCCCAUGCUCGCCGCAAUCGUGCGCGACUACAGGAUGAAGCUGGUGGACAGAAGAAGAAAGGGCGAGGUGUUCUAAAAGGUUUUAAAGCAUCUAAGAAGCGUUUUGCCAAUGGAUCUGCAAAGCUAAAUAUUACAUUCUCUGAAAAAUUGGGUGGUACAGUAGGAAUGAACUAUCGUUCGUUCAAGGAUGACGUGGUUGUCAUAAUGAAAAGAAAGUUACCACUCAUUGGAGUGAGGACGUGGUCGGACAUUCACCCUACCAUUCAUCGACUCAUUGUUGCAGAUAUAAUAGACAGAUGGGACCUGGAAGAUACACCAGAAACAGAAGAAAAAGUUCUCAAAAUUGCGAAAGAGAGAUAUAGAGGCUGGCGAUCAACUCUAAGCUCCACUUACAAGGCAUACAAAACAGAUGCAGCUAGAUUGGCUAAUCUGCCUGAAGAUUUACAACCAGAAGAGUGGGAAUGGAUGAUUGAGUACUUUGGCAUUGAUUCAAAAUUUCAGGAACACAGCCAAAAGAACGCUGAUAACCGUAAGAAACAGAAGACAAAACAUAUAAUCGGAACAAAAUCUUACUCGCAAGUUAGUUUUGAGAAGAGAAACUUAGAAACUGGAGAAGAGCCAGAUUGUAUUGCUCUAUGGGAACUCACCCACACAAAUAAUGGAACAUGGUCUAACACAGAUUCCCAGAAAGUUUACGACCAAGCACUUGAAGAGGUUAAAAACAAAGAAGCUGAAACUAAAGGUCCACUUUCAAGUGAGCAGAAAAACAAUGUUUUCCAGACCGCUUACAAAGACACUCUAGAAUGCAAGUCAUCGCAGCCUCGUGGGUACGGAUACAUGGACAAAACUUCAACUGGUUCUAAAAAGUUCCGUAUCCAGAUUGAAGAGCAAGCUCGUGCUACAGCAGCCACCCAGGAGCGAAACUCUCAGCUCAGCCAGCAGGUCAAUGACUUAGAAGAUCAACUACAAGCUGAACGUGCUAACACACAAGAGAGGAUUAACUUGGAGCGUGCUGAGAGAGAACAACUUGAGGAGAGGUUAAAAGAAGAGCGUGUUGAAAGGGAAAGAUUGUUGCAAGAGGAGCGAACAUCAAGACUGGAAUUUGAAAAAAACAUGAUGGCAAAGUUUGUAGAAUUGAGCAAACAGAUAGAAACCCAACAGGUUCCUACGAAGAGGGUUGACAAAGAAAAUAGUAAUCCAAACUUGCAAAAUAUUCUUUCACAGACAUCUAGUCCUAAUAAGACUCCAGGUUCAAGGCCGACUGCUAUUUCUUCAAAUGCGCUCAUACAAGCUGCAGCAAGGCAAUCUCGAAUGUAUAAAGCAAUGGAUCCAAAGAACUAG